CUGUGUGGCUAAUUUCAUUUGUGGUGAGAGAGAGUGGGUGAUAUUCAUUGCUAUAGAGAAUAAGAUGGAAAUGGAAAACUCUAACAUGUUAGAUUCCAGUGUGACAACUGGGAUGGACUAUGAGUAUGCUGUCUUGGACACAAAGCACCUGGACAUAAUAUCUCUGGUUGUCUACUGUGUGGUGUUUGUGCUCGGCCCCAUUGGCAACGGCUUGGUGAUCUACGUGACGAGCUGCAGGAUAAAGAAGACUGUCAACUCUGUUUGGUUCCUCAACCUGGCCUUGGCUGACUUCCUCUUCACUUCCUUUCUGUUGCUCUAUAUCAUCAACAUCUCCCGUGGCUAUGACUGGCCUUUCGGUGACAUCCUUUGCAAGUUAAACAGCAUGGUGACUGUGCUCAACAUGUUCGCCAGCAUCUUCCUCCUGGCGGCCAUCAGUCUGGACCGCUGUCUGUCCACGUGGGUGGUGGUGUGGGCCCAUAACAAGCGCACGCCAGGCAAGGCAGAGGUCAUCUGUGUGGGGAUCUGGCUAGCCUCAUUGAUCUGCAGCCUCCCGUUCACCAUCUUUCGGCAGAUUCAACACAAUGAUAAUAGGACAACGUGCAGUUAUUCAUUGCCCCAUGAAUCUUCCACCUACAGGAACUUGGUUGUGUUCCGCUUCAUGCUGGGCUUUCUCAUCCCCUUCCUGGUCAUCAUAGGCUCUUACGUUGCCAUAUGGAUACGCGCCAGGCGCCUUCAGAGAGGAAGACCGCACAGGUCCCUCCGGAUCAUCGUCUCCAUCGUCUUGGCCUUCUUCAUCUGCUGGAUGCCCUUCCACGUCUUCCAGUUUCUGGACAUCAUGGAAGACGGCAGCCCAGGCCUCAAGCUGGUCGUGCAUAUUGCGAUUCCCCUGUCCGCUAGCCUGGCCUUCCUCAACAGCUGCCUGAACCCCAUCCUGUACGUCUUCAUGUGUGACGAGUUCCAGAAGAAGCUGCGCCAGUCCGUGCUGCUCGUAUUCGAGAACGCCUUUGCAGAGGACCACGGGAUGAACUUUGUGUCAUCAACGCGCUCCCUGAGCUCCCAUCUCUCCCGGAUCUCCCGUAGGUCUGAGUCUCUGGCUCAAGGAGGAGGACACUGACGCCUCACUGGUGACCAGGUCUGAUAUUAAAGUGGAAACCGAGGUGUGAGAUGUCUGUAAAAGACAGGGCUAGUACAUCUGUAUUACAGAGUGAUUGGACUGUAUCUAUACUGUAGCUUUGGGACUUGAAAUCAUCAGUAGAUGUUGUCAUUUUGGUUUUCAUGGUGGUAUUAAUCAAAAUCAAUCAAAUGUAUUUUAUACAGCCCUUUUUACAUCA